GAGAGCAGCUUUUAUUCUCUCUUGCAGAGCCAGCGAGUGAAACGAUGAUUUGCUGACCAAAGAGCAAAGUCUUUGUCAAGCACCCAACACAAUGUUCCUCACCAGUCUAACCAGGGAGUAGACAGCUGCCUGGCUUGGUUGGCACCAGCCCAUCACUUCUAAGAAACUUCAUCAUCCUCAUCGUUGCGGAGAAAAAAUGUGAGCAAGUCCCAUGGAGCUCAAAUGCCUUUUGAUGUGGCUCUUGCUUGGAUCCAUCAAGGGGAGCAAGACAGAAGAAUGCCCAGAUCUUCCAGUGACUGAAUUUGCAGAUGUUACUGCUGAAACGUAUGCACCGGGGACCAAACUGUAUUAUCAAUGUGACAAUGGCUACACAAGAAGAAAAGGCCAAUAUUUGGGAAUUGAGUGUAUGAGAACAGAGCACGGUGCUUCUUGGGAAUACGCGGUAUUUCAAUGCAUUGAGAGGAAAGAUUUGUCUUCAGCAGCUCCCACAAUGAAGUUAGAUUUUACACAGAAGUCAGAAAGAAAAACAGAGAGCCCUGCACCCCAGAAACCAGAGAACCUGUCAGAGUUGGGCCAGAAAGAUUUUUGUGGUCCUCCCAAGAGUAUUCCACAUGCCUCUUUAAGCUCGGAAAAAAGCUAUCACUUAGGACAAGUACUACAUUUCAAAUGUCAGAGUGGUUUCGAUAAGCGAUUGCCCACCUCUGGCACCAUAGUUUGCAAGAUGGUGAAUGGCAAAAUCACCUGGACCCCCCUUGAAAUGCGAUGCACCAAUGACAGCAGCUAUUUUGAAGAAUCGCCACCACAGACUAUUGAGCAAGGUUCGAAUCACCCAUCCUUUUCCUCAUCUGUGAUACUGCCAGUGACAGCUAUCUUUCUUGUUCUGGUUAUCAUUCCCUGUGUCUUUGUGUGAAUCACCAAGCAGAGAAUACAGUAAAAGUGGGAAGGAACUGGGAAAAUGUGAAAUCUAAAAAAAAAAUGAAAGACCUAUCAACUGGAUCAUCCAUCUCACUAUUGCACUGCUGAAAUUUCUGAAUACCUUCUUUGGUAUUACAUGAAUGACCUCGGAUUUUGGGCUGUCUUGUUCAGCUAUCAAAUACUGACACAAGAAAAUGAAGAAUCAGAGCUUUUGUAAUCAAAAAGCAUGCUUUGUCCCAGCCAUUGUGGAGCUGAGAAUGGCAGUUCAAAUAAUGGGUGGAAAAUUAAUCCCAUGGGGAAAUUAAGGUUAAUUAUGCAAAUGUAUUAGUUUCAGAUAGAUUACACAAUCAGUCUUUUUCUCUCUGGGAAGUCUGGUGGAGCAUCUGCCACCACAACCACGUAAUUCUUCUUCCUUCAUCCCCCUGAUUUUUCAGUCGUGUCAUGACAACUUUUUACUUCAGACUUAUUUUAGUCUGGCCUCCUCGCUGUUUCUAUUACUACACCAAGAUGCACCAAGGCUGUUCCUUUUCAUAGACUCCCCAGCCUAGUUAAUCCAAGAUAUCCCUAUUUGACACUUUGGAGUUCUCCUUUUCUCCUUUCUCUUUGCUAAUCCUCAUCUCCAUUUCUCUUCACGUUCCUUCCUACUUAGUGAUGGGCUCUGGUUCUCUUCUGAAUGGGGAUUUUUCUCAGAAAGGAGAAGGACCUUGUGUAACCACAUCAACGGUGCUUUUUUUUGCCAGUUCAUGGUAGGAUAAAGCCAUAGAAAGCAUAGGCAACACUUUGAAACAUGUUUUAGUGAAGAUGGUCAACUGUGAUGCAGAUUGCCUGGGCCAUUCUGGCAUUUCUGAGAAUAUAAUAGGCAAAAAGUUGUCAAGAAUGAUCUACAUUUCACUGGCCCUGUGGUGGAACAAGUGGAGAAGGAGCCGAUACCAGACGAAACAAUAAUGGAGAACCUAAAUGGUGUCUUCUGCAGAAAGGACUGUGAGGUUUCUCAUAGUAAAUAAAGAACAAGCCAUAGAAAACCUGCCUCUUCCCAGCUGUAGUAAAGACUUUUUCCUGCUGUGAAGGAGACAUCUCAGGGAAUUGCAAUGUUAAGAGUCAAACUCAAGAAAUCAGUGCCUUGCCACAAAAGAAACCAGAUUGCACCAGAAACUCCAAGACCAGCAACAGUAAACAAAGAGGAAGCCUGGACACUCAAAUACAACAUGAGAAGGAGGCAGAAAAUAUUACAGUUUAAUUCCUACAGGGUCAAAGUGGCUUUCAACCUACAGAUUAUGGAUAGAGGGAGUGCACCCCAUCACUGACAGAUGGGGAAAGAGCUCUGCCUUAAACUGCUUCCCAGAAACACUUCUCCUCCUCCUCCUAAAUAGCAGAUGUAUUAUUGCUAAUGUAACCGCAGCCUCUUCCAACCUACCAGGCGUAUAUAUGGACCACUCACCCAAGCACAUUAGAUGAUGGCACCAUCUUUACAGCCCACACGCCACCUUCCUCACAAAGAGAGAUGCUGCACAUCUGAUGUUGCACCAUCUCUUCCCUACACAGACAGUUCAAAUGCAGUCACACGUUUCUCCUUCUCACACUGCUUCUCUUGGAAAAGGAAAUUAAACCCACUUAUGCUCUGCACAUAAACUGAAAAACUUACUAGACUCCCUCAUAGUUCAGCAUCCACAUACAUUUGUCAUCACGCUGCUUUUCCCAAUUAUUUUGGACUAGCCCCCUCCACAACGAUACUACUACAAUAUUUUUCCAGCUCAGGGAAGGAUGCUGCAGGUUGUGGCAGCUGAUUAAUUUGACAGCUCCUUCCAUAGCUGCAAAGCACCAAAGAACCUAGCACAAAGGCAUUUGAGGACGAGCUCAUGCGUACAUGGUACUCGGUAUAUACUUACUUAUAUUAUUGGAAAUUUGUGAGGUUUGAGUAGUCUUCUGCCUCCUUUUAGCCACAUUCAGCCUGGUGGGAUGGAGUUAUCUGACAAAAUGCAAGCUUCUAUGUUUGACAAUGGGAAGGAUCCUCUCAGAGGGCAGUUUAUCUCACCCUUUUGCCUAUGUAUAUAUGGGUAUAUGUGCGUAUUUAUUUUUGCCACAUAUAUAGAUAUAUAUACAUAUAGGCCAAAUGACUUGUGGUAUAAAGGCAUCUGUUUUUCUGCAUGAAUUCUAAAUGAUGCUUGAAUUGACCAGAUUAGCUGUAAACGCUGACAUGGUGUAUUUCAAAAGCAAAAUGGGAUGAAUCCCUUCCUUAUUACUCAGGAAGCAUGAGAUCUUAGCAUAGUUUUCUGUUUUCAAAUAGAGUGUGUAUGUCAUUGAUUUACUGGGUUUUAUUCCCGUUGAGUUAUUCUCACUCCAUAUCCUUGGUGUUGAUAUUUUCCAUGGCUCUUCUAUUCCUAUUGGAAUAGGACUUAUUUGUACUAUGUAUUUUUAUAAAGAUGGAUAAGUAAUGGUCUAUUUCAUGCUCUUAUUUUGUAUGGUAACAAACAACAAUUUGUAUUUACACAAUAGAUUAUAGGAUUUCAUACUAGUCAACUUCUCUGAAGGCUGCAAGCAGUGGUACUAAGCUUUUCUGCUUCAUUUGGUCCAUGCGCAUUACUCAUUGCUAACACAUCUCUCUUAGGCACUGCAGUUAGGCUUGCACAGCUUGUCCUGCUCAGGGCAUUUCCCUGGAGAAGGCUAAUAUUUCACCUGCUCCUAGAAUGCACGUUUUUAUGCAGAUAACAAGAGCAGAGUCAUAUGUGUCCUACUGCUCCACUGUUUUUCCAUCUUUUAUCUAACCAGCUUGGCUUAGGGGCUCUCCCUCCACAUUUUGGCUUUUGUUUUUUGAAAUUAAUAGAGACAUAUUGCUGGGAAGGGACCUGUAAGAAAUAGUGGGUUACAGGCUGGAUAACUAUUAUGGGAUUUAAUUUUCCUUGCUGUUACAGUUUACAUAGAGUAUCUGAACGCAGGUCACCUCUAGUACAAGAGCUGCGUAUGUAGUUUAUCAUGAAACUAUAACUCCACUUGAGCUGUACUUUACCUCGCAGUAGGGAUUGUUGUUCCUCUGGGGAAGCGUUUGUAUCUGAGCCUUUAUCCUUCAAUAGAACAUGCAGAAAGCAUGCAGAAACCAGGAGAACUCAUCCUGGGAGUAAAACUUCGCCACUAGAAGAGGCUGUGGCCAAAGGGACGCUGUAACUGUUGCUCUUUCUCCAUGGCCACUCUCACUUAUUUUACAUAACGUGUGGUGGUUGAUGGUUUUAUUUUGUAAACUUUUAUUUUCUUGGCA